AGUAGGUUGGGUGGACGAGUACAGGAGGUGUUAGAAAUUCUAGGAGAACCCAGAUCCCAGGUGUGCAGGGGGUUCUCUGCAGAGAGCUCGGAGCUGCCCGGAGGUGCCUGACCCAGUGGUCGUCGUGGCUGUGGUCGUAGCGUCCUCUGAGGAGCGUCUCUGUGCUCUGCUCUGUGUGAGUCCUCCAGCAGCCAGUGCCCCUGUGGGUCGCCCCGCGAGGGGAUUACUUUUUGGAUUUUAGGAUAGCAAUCAAAGUAGACUUACAUCAGGAAGAGCCUCUUUCUGCUGCUCCAUCUUUUAGAACCAGAAUAUCCAGUAGUUGAAGUAAGAGCUCCCUGCUAGUCGGUUUCAAAAUGCCUGUGUUUUUAGCCACCAGCGCUUUUUUCCUCCCAUGCUCUUUCUGUGAAUUUCAUUUCUUCACAUCAGACCAGUGGUUGAGAUCGGCAGGUGGCUCACUGGACAUGUUUUUUGUUUUGCAAACAUUGUUUCCAUUCCUUUUCUCUGUGUCUGUGCACCGUGAGCUCCAUCUUGCACAAACUCUGUGAUACAGAGGGUCUCUGCCUAGCUUCCGUGGGCAGGGUAGCUUGGUGUCCUCCGCUUGUGCCUGCGUUGGGAGGUUUCUGCUACAUCUGCCUCCUAAACUGGCUACUGAGAAAAUGGGCUUCAGCCCUGUCGGAUGAUCUCUGGCAGCAAUUCCUAAUAAUUAUUUAUGCUUUCAGAAUUUUUUUUCGGCUCCUGAAACUUUCUCUCUAGUUUGAUUUUUCUCCGUCUGUACAAUAUGUGCAUAUUCUCUUCUCUUUUGUUAUUCCUUCCCUCCGACCCCACCCCCCCCCCCGCCAUUUCGUUUUUUAAUGUUCCAUAGUUUUGUACAAGAGGAGACUUAGCCUUGGGUUACUUCUUGCUGAAGCUUUAAUGCUUUGUAAAUAAAAUCGAAUGUUUAUUAAGAACAGGUGUGGAUGUUGGUUUGUGGACGCUGCUUCUGAGACUCAGUAGCCCCUUUGAGUUGUAGGACAGGAAAUCCUGUUUACUGUGCUGAUGUUAGAUCUUUCUGUGCAGAGAUGCAGACCCAGGAGGGAUAGGGGGUGCUUGGGGAGUGUAGAGUUCUGCCUCUGGACAAGACUAUAAAUAAGUGAUUCAAGCAAAGAGUUGGUGUUAAAUCACAAAGAUCAUCUAGGAAUGCUCUCUUUCAGUUCUUUAACUCCAUUGGUGUGUGUAAGUACACAGUAGAGGCCACGAAGCUGGGGGAAACACAUGCGAGGGCAUGCCUCCCUUCCAAGGCCCUUCCUUAAAGUGUAAGUAUUCUUUAUUUGACUUUUUUUCCCCUAGAUUAAAUUACUUUCAAACUCAUAAAGUCUAUUUAAGUCUUUGGUUUUUAAAAAAAAAAAAAAAAAAAGUCUUUGGUUUUAAUCAUUGUCACAUCUGAGUGUCUACCACUCAGUUUUGGUUUGGUUUGCUCUGAGCCUAAUAAUCCGUCUUUGAGGUCAUAGCUGUUUCAUAGCAACCUUGACCCAAGUGAGUGAUGUGCUCCUGUGUUCUGUGGAGGUAAGGGAGUAGGCCACGAGGUGGGCAGGGUUAUGUAUCCCUUCCCCCCAAAAAUACCUCAGUGCCCUUGUGAAGGAAGAGUGUCUAGAAUGGGAGAGGGCUGUAUUCGGGAUUGCCCGUCUUGCCCAUAAACAUUCGGAUUCUAAAAGGGCAGCUUGGUCCUUGUUUCCGUGAAUUUUCAUUUCUAUUUAAAAUUCCUUACCCAUGAACAGAGUUUCACACUUUACCAAGUGUUUUCAUGUACAGUUUAUCAUUUAUUGCCCAAAGUGACCCCCCUGAAGUAGCGCAGGCGGUCUUAAUUUACAAAGGAGAAAAUAGAAAUAGAAAUUCGGGAAGGAUCACUCGUUUGCUUGCCUCCCAGUCCAGAGUUCUUAAUCCUUUUUUACAGAAGGUUUAGGAGCCUUUAAAGUCAGUAAUAACUUAAUGUAAGGUCAUCCUCUUUUAUUUAUUUUUUUAGACCUGGUAUUUGAUUUCUGGGUCAGAUUUAAUUGGGGUUUUGAAGCUCUUUAAUUUGGAUCCCAUGUUCGUAGAGGAGGGGUGGGGUGAGGAGGAGUAGCUUCGCGAUGCAUUCGAGGUAAUUUGGACCUUCACUGCAGAAGCUGAAGUCUCUUCAUCUUUGUCUUCCCAAGAGGGUGGGUUUAAGUCAUGUAAGGGCGUGGACAGAAUGAAGACUGGAGAGGUGGGCACCGGCGAGCAAGAGCUGGUAAAGCAGCAACGUGGUGACUUUUUCCUCUGCCUUGUGGCCUCGCCUGUUCAUAAGGACUGGACCCGUGUCGAUCGAGUCGCAGCGUGUCCUUGACCACAGGUGCAGCCCAUCUUUUGAUGUUGAGGGAGAUCCUGCGUCAAAGGAACGGAGUGAGGAUGUAGAGGAUUCGCCGGGGACAGCUCGGGUGCCGGCUGACGGUGGGGAGACAUGAGGACCUCGGCCGCUGGUUUCCUCCUUGGGAGCCUGGUGUUGGCCUUUGGUCGGCCUUUGGUGGUGACUUCACCGAAAACACUGGCCAUCCCAAAGCAACUUCAGCAAGCCGUGGGGCGGGUUAUUGUCAGUGCCACCACCUGCACAGUCACCUGUGGCCUUGGCUAUAAGGAAGAGACGGUCUGCGAGGUGGGCCCUGAUGGCGCGAGAAGGAAGUGUGUGUCUCGGCGUGUGGAGUGUUUGAUGAACUGGAUCUGUGGGAUGCUGCACUUCACCACCCGCAGAGGGAAGGCGUUCGAGCUCAGCUGCCUGAGUUCAGACAUCCUGCAGGUGGGGAAGGAGGCUUUCCGGUUCACCUGGAGGCUGGCUCGCGGCAUCAUCUCAACUGACGAUGAAAUCUUCAGACCCUUCCGGGCCAACUCGCACUUGCUGAAGUUUGAGUCUAUUCAGGAGUAUGAUUCUGGGACAUACCGGUGCGAUGUGCAGCUGUUAAGGAACUUGAAAUUUGUCAAGAGGCUCUAUUUCGGGCUGCGGGUCCUUCCCCCUCACUUGGUGAACCUGGAUUUCCAUCAGUCCCUUACCGAGAAUCAGAAGUUAGUCGAUCAGGGCCUGGAAGUGAAUCUGGACAACAGUUCUAAGCCUCAGCACCCACUGUGGGAAGAGAAGGUGGCCAUAGCCUUGGGAAUAGGAAUCUCCAGUGGAGUGGUAGGUGGCGUGUUGCUGGUCAUUGCCCUGGGCGGCGGGCUGAGGCUGAUGCAUGGCAGUGACGGCCUCGAGUCCUUCAAAGCCUUCCUCUGGAAAGGCUGGCUGUCCAAGAACCCGGACCAGUUUAGGAAGCCAGGCUAGCUUUUUAAAGGAAUAUCUGGCGGUCUGAUUGUGGCCUGGCUAGGAGGGAGGGCUUCCACUGCCCCAAGAGUGGGGCACAUGGAGAGGGGCAACGUCAUGGGAGUGCGCUGGGCAACGUUCCAGAGGGAUCUCUUCCUGAUCUUCCUGCCACUGGGCCCCCAAGAAGCCUAACCCUAGGCCCCGCCGCUGCUCCUGGGGAGAGUUCUGGCUUCCAAGCUUGCAUUCACUACCUCUCACAACUUGAUGCCUCUCCGCCUCCGACCCUUCUUCUGAGCUGUGUAAUCUUGUAGAAGGACAUGUAAACAGCUUUCCUAGUGGAAACCUUCUUCUCCUCUUCAAUAAAAAUCAUUCACAGUAGCUGCCUGCAGACCUCACCACCUCUGUUCUUUAGUUAAAAAUCUCUUCCAACUGUGUGAGUGGCCCCCUGAUCAGUCCGGCUUUCCUUUUCCUCCGACUUCUCAGAACAGACAUGGCCCACAUUGCUUUGGAGAAGGACGUAUGUCCUCGUGUGGCAGAGCCAAGGCAUCUGACCUGGGUAUGUUAACGGUCACUAAAUGUUUCAAGUUGCCCCUUCUGUAAUCCCUGGGCAAACCAUCUGUGUUCAGCGUUAAGCCGAUCCCUGGUGGAGCACUGGAUUCUCCGUGCGGUAGCUUUCCCCCGACGGUUCCUGGACUUGCUCCCUCCUCUCCUCGCUCUUCCAGUGCCCACAAGUGUGUGUUCUUAGAGAAUUCAAGUGUGUUGGUUUCUUAGAGCCGCCAAGGCCACCAAAGGAAGGACUAAGACCUUCCUACCUCCAUAGGAAAUCAAUCCCGAGACCCACAGAGGCCAUUCAGACUGUGUGAGAUAAUCGGCUUGUGGGGUUGUCGGGGCAAAGGCUCUUGGCCACCAGCUGAGCUAAUUGUGAGAGAAUUGGAGCAUUUCUUCCCCCUCACUUUCCUCCAGCUGCACAUGUGGCAGUGGACGAGAGGACUUGGACUAGCGGUUGUCUUCUCUAGCUGUGUGUCUGAGUCAACCCGGAUGAGCUUUUGAAGAAUGAGAUGCCUGAACCCCAAUUCCAAGGAUGCUAAUAGGAUCACUUUGAAUUGUGGCUGAUGGCUGUGUGUUGGUCUACCGUUAAAUAUAAUUUCAAGGGUGCGUGACUGGCUCAGUUGGCAGAACUUGCAACUCUUGAUCUCAGGAUUGUGAGUUCGGUCCCCCAUGUUGGGCGUAGAGCUUAAUUUUUAAAAAAGUUAAAAUAGGGGCUCCUGGGUGCCUCAGUGAGUUAAAGCCUCUGCCUUUGGCUCAGGUCAUGAUCUCAGGGUCCUGGGAUGGAGUCCUGUAUCCGGCCUUCUGCUCAGCAGGGAGCCUGCUUCCCUCUCUCUCUCUGCCUGCCACUCUGCUUCCUUGUGACCUCUGUCUGUCAAAUAAAUAAAUCUUAAAAAAAAAAAAAAAAAAAAAAGUUAAAAUAAUUUCAACCCCAUAGAGAAGUGGAAAGAAAAAUUUGAUGACGACCCAUAGAUUCUCUACUUAAACUCACCAAUUGUGAAUGUUUUUCUACGUUUAUCUGACUUUACUGAUGCUGACUUUACUGAACCACUUGUGAGUUAGUCCCAGACUUUGUGAGCCUUUACUCCGAAAUCAUAUAUGCGUCUGCUAACAAAGACGUUCUCCUGUGGGACUACCGUGUCUCCAUCCCACCUGAGAAAAUUAACAGGCCCCUAAUCUUAGUUAUGGUUGAUACCUCAUCUUCCUGGCUUCUGAAAUCUUAGCGCCUGUUCAUUGUUGAUCCAGGAUCAAGGGAAGCUUCACAGACCACGUUUGGUGGUUUCUCUUGAGUCUUAUUUUACAAGAGACCACCUGCAUUUUGUUGUUGUUCCUGACAUUGAUUUUAUUGAAGAAUCAAGCUGGUUGUCUUGGGUAGAGACCCAUGAGCCAGGUUUGUCAUGGUCACAUGAGUAGGUUCCUGAGGAACAGAUCUUCCAGAAUUUGACCACAGCCCCCCACAGACGGUGUGUGCUCCCUGCAUAGCCUCAGGCACCUGGCGUUGGGCUGGCUUGCUCCUGAUAAGUGUGAUGAUUUAGUUAAGGUGCCGACUGCUAGGUCUCUGCAAAGGUGUAUAUUUUUUCCUCUGUAAUUAGUCAUUUGUUGGGGGGGUACUUUGUGACAUUCCUAAUAAUCACUAAUGCCUUAGGAUCCA